AUGACACUUGACGAGAAGAAACGUAAAAAGAAUAAAAAAGAAGCUAUCCCAGUAAAGAAAAAAACAAAGACGAAACAGUCUAGUGUUUCACCAACAAAGGUGUUGGAUAAAGAUAUAGCAGACGAGCUGGAACAAAAAGUUGACGAUAAAUCAAAAUUCGUGUCUAUUGCUGUACAAACCGAGGAAGUAAACAUUCAGAAAAAAAUAACCGAUACUACGUCCGUAAAAAACGAGAAUGGUAGCAGCAACAACAAUACAUAUGCGAUAACCAAUGUUUUCCUUGUUCCACAAACUCCGAAACUUCCAAAGACUCUUGAGGAAAAAGAGUCAACGCGAAGAUUGAUCGUUGUAUUAGACAAAGCGUGUUUGGAAACUUAUAAGGUCGCCAACACUAAGCCACCGAAAUAUCAAUUGAUUAAUUAUGACGACCACCAUAAUGAGCUACGGAAGUUGGGCAUUAAUAGAGUUUACCGACCAGAUAUUACGCAUCAGUGCAUGAUGGCUUUAUUGGACAGUCCUCUAAACAAAGCUGGUUUAAUGCAAAUUUAUAUCCAUACAGAAAAUAACGUAUUAAUUGAAGUUAGCCCGCAUAUUCGAAUUCCCAGAACGUUUAAACGGUUUGCUGGCUUAAUGGUGGACGGUAAAGAAAAGCUACUACGUGUGGUUAAAAAUCCUAUAACACAAUAUCUUCCGACAAGAUGUGUGAAAUUAGCACUUUCAUACGAUGCUACACCAGUUCGUCUUUCACAGUAUUUGCCCACUCUGCCUUCUGAUCAUUCAAUUUGUAUUGCCAUCGGAGCUAUGGCUCAUGGAGUAGACAAUUUUGCAGACAGUUGGGUAGAUGAAAAAAUUGGUAUCUCACAAUAUCCACUUUCUGCUGCAGUUGCAUGUUCAAGGUUUUGUUAUGAAUUGGAAAGCCUUUGGGGCAUCUGGUAA